ACAAUAAACAAGUCCCAGGAUCAUUUUCAGAAGAAUUUUCUACUGGCUACCUCCUAGGAGAACUUCUACACAAAUACGGUCUUCAGGAUGACUUUAAUCAGUUUUCACAGAGCAGGGUUGCAAAUGCAAAACUUAACAAUUUUUCUCGCCUGGAGCCCACAUUUCACCUCCUUGGUGUACAGUUUAAUGAGAAUGUGGCCCAAGACAUCAUGACAGGACAGCAUGGAGCUGCAACAAAGCUUUUAUAUGAGUUGUAUAUUGCUUUAGAAAAAAAGAGGAAGGCAAAACUCACUGGAGUAGCCAUGGAAGCAAUGAGACCUGCAGCAACUGCAAAGCUUAAGUCUAUUGAAAGUGUUUUGUAUCGAGAGUGUCUGAAAACUUUAACGCCACGUCAGACUGAUUUGCAACUGCAGCAGAUUUCAGAGCAAUUUGAAAUAAAAUCUAAGGCAAUAGAAGAUAAAAUAGCUCGCAUACAUAUUGCAGAACAACAGAAAGUUCAGAAGCUAAAAGAGGAACAAAGAGCCGAAGACAUUGAAAAGCAUCGCAUAGGAAGAAGGAGACAAAAUGAAAUAAUGGCCAGGAUUCAAGCAGCCAUUAUACAGAUUCCAAAGCCACCACCAAGCCACACCAUAAAAGCUUCUGAAGCCAAAAAAUUAAAGAAAAAAAGAGAAGCAGAGGACACAUACAAGGAGAUUAAAAAGUUUGAGAAGUCUGUGGCAGGAAAUGCCUCUGCAGUACACAGCCAAGUCACUGGCGGUGAUAUACAGCAAUCACUGCAAACACAGAAGUUGCAAGAAACAUCUCUAGAAACUACAGCACAGACUGCAAAUGAGCUGUUAAAUAUUUAUUCAGAUGAUGAAUAUAUAAGGAAAAUUCAAAACCGUUUAGAGGAAGAUACGUUUGCUAGAGAACAACGAGAAAAGAGACGACGAAAAAUGCUAAUGGAACAGUUAAUAGAACAUGAGACUGAGGAGGAGGCUUACCAGGAGGAGCAACUUAUUUACAGGCUAAUGAGACAAUCUCAACAGGAGCGGAGGAUUGGAGUUCAACUCAUGCAUGUUCGACAUGAAAAAGAGGUGUUAAAACAAAACAGAAUUUUCAGGGAAAAACAGUACGAAGAAAGACGACUGAAAGAAUUCCAGGAAGCUCUUGAUAGAGAAGCGGCUCUUGCAAAACAAGAAAAAAUUGAUCAUGAAGAACAAAUUAUCAAAGAAAGAGAAUGCCAUGAGAAAAUUGCAGUUGAAAGAGCUCAGGCACGUUAUAAAAAGCAUUAUUCUAUAUGUUCGGAAGUGGUUGACCAAAUUAUUGAUUUGUCCACAAAAGUAGGAGAAUAUCGUCUACUGACAAACAACAGAAUACCAUUAAAAGUGAUGCUUGAUUGGAAGGAAUUUUUUUUUAAUGGAAAACCAAUGUAUGAACAAGCCUCAGUUCAACCUUUACAAAAUGAUCUGAGCCCAGAACAACUUGUAGAGCUGAAUAAAAUGAAUCUGUUAGAUGAAAAAGAUUAUGGUGAAUACAAGAGUAUGACAGGGGAAUGGUGCCCAACAGAAGAGAACAGUGUAAUCAAACCUCCUCUUAAUAAUAACAUAUUGGGUCACGUGCUUCGCAGACUGAUGGAGAUUUUCUAUCCUCCAAAACCCAAAUGUUCACCACCUGUAUUUCCUCCGUUUCCUAUUAAGGGAUGUAUUUUGGGAAAACUUUUUAGUGGAAAAACCACCUGUGUAAAGUUUAUUGAAAAAGUUUGCAAUAUUCAGGUAUUAUGUGUUGAUACUCUGGUUCAAGAGGCUAUCCAAGCUUUUCUUAAAAAUGAAAUGAGAGGUGAACACAGUGUGAUUCCACAAGAAGCAGAGAGUUCUGGAAAACAAAAUGAGGUCCAGGAGAAAUUAUCAAAAUCACCACCGGAACAUCUAAAGAAAAUCCAAACAGAAUCACCUAUCAAUGGAACCAAAGGCAAUUAUCCUGUCAAAAAGGAUCCAUCUGGACAAGAAUUUAUAUCGUAUAACAGUCAGGAUGGCUUAUCUAAGCUGUCUGUACGUGCCCAGCUUGGCGCUACAUCACAGAAAUUUUUGAAGAAAGGAAAAAGUAUUCCUGAUGAAUUAUUAAUUGACAUCCUAUUGGAAGCCAUUAACAAAAUACCAGCAGAGAAGGGGUGGAUUGUGGAUGGGUUUCCAAUGACAAUUAAUCAGGCAAAACUAUUUGAAAAAGCCUAUACAGGGAUUGAUCCAGAAGCAAAAGAUGCAAAUCCUGGAAAGCUUUCACUUGUUACCGAUCCCAGAGCCCCUAACAAGUCUCCUGUUACCUCACCUGCAUUUGAUAUUUCUGUGUUAUUGGAUAUUUCAGACACUGUGGUACUGAAACGUGUGGCUAAUCUGAAGACAGAUAAAUCAAAGUCAUCUCAAACUGAACAGGAAAACAACAACAAUCAAAAUUCAGAUGCUGAAAUCCUAGAGGAGAAGAUUGACCUAGCCAGGGACCAGGUGCUACAUAGAAUUUCAGGCUUUCUAGACACGUGGCCAAAAUUAGAGAAAUGGUUUUCAGUCCAUCAAAAUAUUCUAGUGAAAAUCAAUGCAGAGACAGAAGAAAGUCUUGUGUGUGAAACAGUGAAGGAAAUUGUAAUGGAGGAAAUUGACAAAAAACAAAAUAGAAGGUCUGCUCAAGAAAUAUCAUCAGAAAAAAAGCUUUUACCAGUUACAAGUCAAGAUCUGCUCCCUCCCAUUCCUGUGGCACCACUACCAAUUGAACCAGGAUCAGAUGAAUGGAUUUAUGUAGAUGAACCACUUCCCAAGGAGAUACCUGAAUUUUUAGUGCCUUACUGGGAAAUGGUAGAAAACACAUAUGAGAGUACUAUCAAAACUAUACUUCGAUGUCUAAGGGAUGAACAGCAUGCUGUGAUUGAUUACUUAGCAGAUGUUAGAAAAAAAUUCCAAGAUUGUUUGAAGCAUCCAGAUCUUAAGCAGGAGUUUGUAUCUCAGUGGCAAUCAGACUUUAAUUCAGUUGAUGAUGACAUGAGAGAAGAUGAGGAAACAAAGGCAGAACUACACCAAAGAGUUACUGAUCUAAGAGAUCUUCUCUGGGAUAUCUGUGAUAACAGAAGGGAAGAAGCAGAGCAGGAACGAACUGAUAUCAUGAAUGAUGGCUGGUUACCAGAUCAUAGUGGGAUUGCAAUGAAUCAUUUCUUUUCACUUAUGCAGGUUGAACUGGAUCGUUUCCAAGAUACAAAGAAACUUCUUCAUGACUAUUACAGGGCAAUGGAAGGAAAAGUCCCAACAGAUGAUCAUCAAGAUUUUACUAGAAUCCCAUUGUUAGAUAUUAUUGGUGUAGAGGAGAAGGAAGAUCAAAAUAAAUCAAGAAGGAUUCCUCUAGUUUCUUGGAAACUGCCUUCGCUAGAAAUAAAUAUUUCCAAGUCAAAAAUCAAGGGAACUCCACAGAAGAGUGCUAAAGAUGAGAAUUCUGAAAACGAAGUUGCCACUUUUAGGAAAGAUGAAAAUCUUAUCACUGAUACAUGGCAAGCAGCAGUAACAGCAGUAUCAAAUAUGGUAACAGCUGAAAUAGAGUCUAAAGAAAUGGAGGAAGAAAAUGAACGUCAGCAGCUAGAACUGAAAGAAGAUAUGAAAUCUUCACAGACACUGUCAGGCAAAGCUACUGGGAAAGAUACCAAAGAUGCCAAAAAGCUUUCUCCUAAAUCAGCUACCAAAAAGAAAGGACCACCUUCUACUGCAUCUGUGGUUGAAGUCAAUCCAGUUCCUAUAACACCAGAAAAAUUAAAGAAACAAGAACUGUCACUUAAAAUAAAGCAAGAAUAUUUCAGUGCCUUGAAACAUGAGGAGGUAGCAGCAAAAUCUCGACUAGAACUUAUAAAAGAAAAAGCUUUAGCAUUUGUUGAAGAGCUAACGAUGAAAGCAGAAGAGGCUUAUAAAGAUAUGGAAAAGUGGCUUGGAUCCAGGUUCUUGGCAGAAAUGUCCAGUGUUGAAAAGCUGAUUGAAGUUGCACGACAUCAUAUUGAGAGUUCUAGCAAAAUCCAAUAUGAAAUGACUUUAGAAGAAACAGAUUUCUUCAUCAACAGUGAUGUAAAAGUGAUUCCUGACCCUGUUCCUUUACCACAUGUUCCACAUGUAGACAAUUCUGGAAGUAGUACUCUAACUAUUUCACAACUUACUACACUUCAUAAGCAAUUUUUACAGGUGGCACCUAAAGCAAUAAAAGCACUGAAGCAAUUUAAAAGCAAGAGUAAUUCUUCUAGCAAGAGAGAAGUUGGUGACAGAGGGAAAGAGAAGAAAGAUUUGGAACAUCAGAGAACAAAGAGGAAUCGCCAGUUUCCAAAAAUAUGUGAUGGAAUUACAGACAGUACACUCAAAGCAGCUGCAGUUGUCUAUGUACACUUUGCAAAUGAAGGAAAAGUCCAUUGCCAGAUUGUUGGGGUUCAACCUGUUCACAAAACUGAUGCUUCAACUAUAAAAAAUGCAAUUGAGGAAACAUUACAAAUAAAUCUUCAGCUCAGUCUGGCAAGCCAGGACUGGUCAAGAAAAUUAGUUGGAUUUGGAAGCCGUGGGACAGAUGUCAUGGUAGAAGAAAACAGUGGGGUAGCUAAACUUCUGAGGGAAAUUCAGCCUUGUGUACAGUCUGUGCAUUGUUUUGCUCAACGCCUAAAACUGGCUUACAAAGGAUCACUGAAAAAUAUUCAGCUAUACAACAUCUUAAGCAAUGCAUUGAGAAAUAUAUAUUAUUUUUAUCAUAACUCACCUCUAAAUAAGAAUAAUCUCAAAGCCAUAUAUGAAGCCAUUGAGUUACACCCAGCUAUUCCUUCUCGCAUUGGAGGCUCCCAGUGGCUUCCUUGUCUACAAACAGCCCUACAAAUUCUCCUUAAAGGUUACCCUGCAACUGUGCUACAUCUGACUAAGAUUGAAAGAGAUUCAAGAGCCUCAAACCAGCAGAAGGUCAAAGGCCUUCUACGUCUGCUUCUUAGAAUGGAGAUAGUCAAGUUUUCUCACUUCUUGUUGGAUGUCAUCAAUGUCCUAAACAUUCUGUCACGUGUUACUCUGGAUCACAACUCCUCCAUUGCAGAUAUACUUGCAACCAAGCAGUCAACACUGGAAACACUUCACAUGUAUCAAACAAGAGCUGGUCCAAAGGAACGCCUGAUAGAGACCAUUCAGCACUUUCACGGUUACCUGCUUGUUGGAAAUGGAGAUAUUUCAUCAGUACGAACCAAAGUAUUAAGUAAUUUGGUGAAGAAGCUAUGUGAUUGUUUUUGUGAUGCAAAUCAAGAUGUUUUGAGAGCAACUACUAUUGGAAGUUUUAAGCUAUGGCCUGAGAAAAUGAAACAAGAAUUUGGUGAAAAGGAAGUGUCUGUCUUGACUAAGCAUUAUGAAGUAAUACUAGAAGCUGCUAGUGUGAAAAUAGGUGAAGUAGAAACUGAAUGGAGCAUGUUGAAAUUAGAGCUUUAUAAAAGAUUUCAGAACAUCCAGACCUUGAUAUGGGAUUCAGUGAAUUCAGAUUAUUCAAAGAAGUAUCCCAACAUCCUGACAUUGGUAGAUUUGAUCCUAACUCUGCCGGCAAGCUCAGCUGAAACAGAGCAAGGCUUCAGUCAGAUGAAAUUCACCAUGAUGCAUUUGCACUCUAAACUAAGAUCUGAAAGUGUGAUGGAUCUUACGAUAAUUCAAAUGAACUCUCCAGAUAUCAAAAAAUUUCACCCCCAGAAAGCUAUUGAUUUGUGGAAUGCUACUUGUCAGAAAAACAGAAGACUUCACAGAGGUGAUACAAUGACAAAUGAAAGACCAGAUUACUACUCUGAGUUUGAUUUGGAGAGUCUCUGCGGAAUUGACUAGAUGAAAGUUAUUAGUUUUUGUUUCAAAAUCUUCUUGCAACAUCCAUGGGCAGAAUGCCAUGCAGAGUUAAUGAAUGUAAAAUUUAUAUAUUUUUCCAUAAUGUAUUAUAAUGUUAAAA